AUGGAUGUUGCUGAGGACACAGAAAGAGAAUCUUCAACCAUAAAAACAGAUGAUAUAGCUCUGAUUAAUUGUAUUGAAUCGACGGGAGAUAACGAGGUCCUAAAACUGUUGAGUCAUAGACAAACAUUCUCACAGGAUGAUCUAGACACAUCAUUGAUGUCCGCUUGUCAUCAUGGAUAUAAAUUUCUGGUGUAUGAACUUGUUCGUUUGGGAGCAGAUGUAAUGACCAGGGAUAGAAAUGGGAACACUCCAUUGCUGAUCUGUGCAGAAAAAGGUUUCACUAACAUGGCUAAGUUUUUUAUUCGCGGGCAAGCAGAAAUCAAUGCAACAAACAACCGUGGGGACUCUGCACUGAUACUUGCCACUGGCAGGUUAGGGUCUGUAGGGAUGGUGAAACUUCUGCUGGCACAGGCAGGAAUCGAUGUGAAUCACCAGAACAAAGAAGGUUACACUGCACUGAUGAAAGCAGUAGAAGCUAUGGAUGUUGAUGUCAUCAAACUGUUACUUGAUUCACAAAAGAAUGCUGUAUAUGGUAAAAUGAAAAACUGCAGGAGUGAAACUGUGCAAGAUAUUGCUAACAGAUUGGGUCUAGGAAAAGUUGUGAAAUUGUUAGCAGAAUAUGGACAUGAACCAGUAAUGGAGGCAGUUCGGUUGUGUGAUGUGGACUCUUUCAGUAUCUUGAUAAACUGUCAGUUUUAUGACUCACCAGAGUUGAGAAUGACUGUCAAUGACACUUUUCAAGAAAUUUUUAAAAAGCAUAAAUUUGGCAAUGAAUCAUUUAGUGUCAGUGAAGAAAAGAUUAUUCAGAGACUUUUAGAGCUCGGAGCUAAGGUGAGCGAUCGCUAUUACAGUCUGGAUCCUGUAUUAGUUGCUGCAAGGACAGGCAGUUACAAAGUGCUGCAGUUGCUGCUGGAACACGUUGCUACUGUUAAUCAACCAGUUUUCAAGACAAAACAUGAGGAUCUUUUUAGAGUUGCAGCAGAAAAUGGCCGCACUGAUCUCAUUCAACUUUUGCUAAAAUAUAGUGAUGUUUCUAAGCUCCAUUAUUCUCACUUAGUAUGUGCUUUAACAAAUGGACAUACUGACUGCGCCAGAUUUCUUCUUAGACAAGGUGUAAAGGUAGAUAUGAAAACUGCACUCAAUUCAGCCAUUGUCAGUCAACAUCCAGUAAACGUAAAAUUUCUUAUAGAAAAUUUCCAAGCGGAAGUGAAACAAUUUUCUCAAACAAAAGACAUGGACAACCUGCUGGUAUCUGCCUCCAAAUAUGGGAAUUUAGAAAUUAUUGGCAUGCUUCUGGACGCUGGAGCUAAUAUCAACUGUCUAAGUGAUGAUAAAAAGACACCCUUGAUGGAGUCAAAGAAUGCAGAAGUCAUCUACUAUCUGGUAAAAAGAGGUGCCAUUGUUAACAGAUAUUCCAGUGCAAAGCGAGAUUUUUCUUCACCUUUGACAUACAUUUUGUCUCAAAAUUCUGGCUAUUGUGGAUCAGAUACCAAAGAGACAAUUGUUGAAGCAUUGUUGAAAAGUGGGGCCAGGGUAAACGGAAAAAGUUGUGGUGGCAGGACACCGUUAAUGAUCGCUAUUUCUAAGCGAGAAAGCAGAAACAUUGUGCAGAUGUUGCUGAACUAUGGUGCUGAUUAUAAUGUAAGAGACAUCAAGGGAAAUACAAUUCCCUUACUUGCUGUUCAGGCAAACAAAUUAGAAAAUAUUAUAUGUUUGUUACAGUUUUCGAAAUACAGCAAAGACAUUUUAAACACUCAGAAUUAUGAUGGGUUAACGGCUGUGAUUGUGGCAUCAAAAAACUGUAAUCUCGAAGCUGUGAAGUGUCUUGUAGAUCACGGUGCAGAUGUCAAUAUCCAAGAUAUGUCAGGAAACACUGCUCUGCUCCAUGCCCUGACUAAUGUUGGUGAUGAAGAUGGACAGAUUUUAACAACUCUGAUCUCUGCCGGAAGUAAUGUCAACCAUCAAAACAGUGCUGGGGUUUCACCCUUGAUGUCGGCCGUUGAAAAAUGUAAACCAAAUGUUGUUAAGCUGUUAAUUAAUUUAGGAGCCGAUGUUAAUUCUGUGAGCAAAAAAACACUCAGACACAGAACAGCCAUUUCAUUUCUGCCAAACACAUCUUACUUGAGUAAAAUGACACUGGAUUGUAUGAAUUUACUUGAUCAAGGUGCUAGAGCAUCAUAUUUAAGCCCAAGUAUUCUCCACAAGUUAAUCCUCCAGGACAGUAUACACUUUAUUCCUCAACUUAUUCAGUGUGGAUUAGGCCCUUCAGAAGUGCCAUCAUCAGAUAUAACAUGUUAUUCUGUGGUUGCUUAUAACCCUGAUAUCAUGCCCCUUGUUUCUCCUCUGUGUCUGGCACUGAUGACAAGAAAAGUCUCUCUAGCUCGUUAUUUUAUAGCAAACCUGUUUAUGACUAAAUCAGACACAUGCAUUCUGGCUUCUAGCCAGGCCCUAAGGCAGCAUCUUUGGAACACAGAGUGUCUGAGUUUACUUGAUGGAUUGUCAGCACAACCAAUGUCCCUGUUUACCCUGGUCUUUGUGUCAGUGCAGACAGCUGUAGGUUCAGGCCCCGGACGGGAGGGGAGAAUCAGCAUGCUGCCUCUACCCCAGCUCAUGAAAGAUCGCCUGCUGUUUAAAAAGGAGGCAGUGCCGUUGGAUGUGACGUCUACUGGCAAUUCAAAUUGUCUAUAA